AUGCACAGAUUACCACAUUUAAUUUUCUUUAUUCUUUCUUUUCGAGUACCAGGUAUUCGUGCAGUCCCUACUCAGCUGAACCAAAUUAUUUAUGUGAGAGGUGCUCAGCACGGAAAUGAAACAGAAGAUUAUUGGGCCAUAAAUGGUUCAGGGAAACCCCAAGGUACUACCUACGACUCUGUAAUCACAUACUGGGAUUCCCUUUAUGAUAACAUAGAAGGAACAUUAAAGAAAAGAGAUGAUAAUUAUGUUUUGGUAGAUACCUGUUAUGAGAACUAUUGUCAAUUGGUCACCUUGCAAUUCAUUAACGGGACAGUUAAAAACUACCAGAUUGAAACACAAAAUGUGAACACAAAUGUCACCGGUAACACCUUUAGUCAACACAUGAAACGUGACGAGGUUCAAUACAAUUCUCGAUGUGAUAGGAAGAUCUGCGGUUUGAAUGUAAAGUCCUUAGCAAAAUUUUAUAACACUGCGGCCUCUGUCUUUGACUUCUCAAAUAAUGCCUACUCCGUUGUUUCCUCUAUAAUUGACAGAAUUGUUAACACCUUUAAGAGCGAUAAAAAGCGUUGCGAAGGCUUCGAACUAGAUAAUAUCAUCUUAGAUCCACUAGUAUCAUGGAAUGCAUACGUUUCUACGUAUACUACUGGUAAAAACUGUGACACCACAGCCACUGCUGAUCAACUAAAGUGUGCCCUCAAGACAGCAUUAGAGAGUGAACAUAAUCAUCAAAAAACUGCCUUUUGUAUCCAUAUCGAUCAUGGUGGAAGUUUCAAUAUGGACGUCAGGUUUGUUGCAACCCUUUCAGGUACUCACAAUGCUCCAUGGAGUUUACCAUGUUCAGAAGUUGGGGAUGAUUGGACAUGGACAUCGGAUUGUUGGUGA